AUGACGAUGUUGCAGGUCCGAGCAUCAGGAGCGACGCCCUUCUUCACCAUCGCCACCAGCAGUUCCGCCACCGCCGCCCACUCCCUGAUCUCGCAGAAGGCGCUCAUCACGGUGUUGUAGUUGACAGCGGUGACCUCCCAUCCCAACUGAGAGCUCGCCUCCAGCAGCCUCUUCGCCUCAUGGGGAUUGGAAUCGCGGCAGAGGCAGCAGAGCAGGAUGUUGAUGGUGACGGCCGACGGGCAGAGCCCGUUCGCCGCCAUAGCUCCCAGUUGCUUGAAGGCCUCCUCGGCCCUGCCCGCCUUGCAGAGCCCGUCCAUGAAGGUGUUGUAGCUUACCACGCUGGGCCGCCAGCCGGCGACGGCACACUCCGCCAGCAUCUUCUCCACCGCCGAGAAAUCCCGACGGCGGCAGAACCCGCCGAUGAGAAUGUUGUGAGCCACCGUGCUAGGGGGGCACCCGCUCUCCUCCAUGACCUUCAUUAGAGCGCUGGCUUCCUCCAUUCUCCCUCUCGCGCAGAGCGCCUGCAAGAUGGGCGUGUAGCUGUAGGCGUUGGGGUGGCAGCCCACCCGUAGCAUCUGGUCCAGGACGCGGUAGGCCUCAUCGAUCCUCCCCGCUCGUGACAGGCGGGCGAUCAGAGUCGAGUAGGUGGUCUCGUCUGGUCGGCAACCCGAGCUCGACAUUGAAUCGAACACCCUGCGGGCGAAGCUGCGGGAAGAGGGAGACACCUUGAGGAGGAUGUUGUGGGUGGAGGCGUCCAUGGCGAGGCCCGCCGACUGCAUCUGGUCGAGCACCGCCGCCACCUCGAGCGGGCCGCCGCCCUUCUCCACGACGGCGUUCAGCGCGGUGUUGUAGCAGAGGACCGCCCACCGCCGGCGGCGAAAGGUAG